UUUGAUAUCUUAUGAAUGUGUUUAUUACUAUAUGAGAAAUUAUCAGUGUAAAACCAUUGAUAAAACAAGAUAAGUAUAUAACUGAAUCAUGUAUUAUUUAAUUUGUUCUCAAGUUUCAUAAUUAUUCAUAUUUCACACUCUGUAGCCUCUGUGCAUAACCUAGUUUUUUCGUAGAGUCUGAAUUCUUGAGUGGGUUCAGUGGGAUCUUCGUCCUUUCGGACGAAUGAGAAGUUCCAAGUGUUUCAUUUGAUUCUCUUAAUUUUAAUGCAAAUACAAUAGUAAUCUUAUCCAUGGCAUCUAAUAUCGUAGAGGAAUCAUCGGAAAAUGGUAUUACAUCAGAAGUGAAGCUAACAGAUAACUUGGAACACCUUAAUACAUGCAUUCGAGAGGUGGAUGCACUUAGCAUUAGCCAGCAGCAGCCAACCUUCUCAGAACAAAGCAAUGAAAAUACCGAAAAUGAGGACAAUCAAAGUGCAUGCUCUUUACUAUCUCAGGAUGAGGACUAUAGAAAAAAUGCUGACUGGUUGAACAAAUCAAAACAUAUUUUUGUGAUGAGCACAGCUGGGAAACCAAUCUAUUCAAGACAUGGCAAUGAGAACAAAUUAGCAACAUUGUUUGGUGUAAUGCAAGCAAUUGUAAGUUUUGUUCAAGAUCAAAAUGACACAAUUAAAUUUGUGCAAGCUGGCAACACAACCACUGUGUUCCUAAUCAAAACACACAUUAUCCUAGUGGCAGUUUCUAAAACACAGGAAAAUGUGAAACAAUUAGUUCUUCAAUUAAAUUAUGUAUUUAAUCAAAUAAUUAGCAUUCUAACUAUGACAACUUUAAAUAAGACAUAUGAAAAACGAAGAAAUUUUGAUCUAAGACGAUCCCUGUCGGGAGUGGAGCGUCUAAUAGAUCACCUGCUUGAUUUUUACGAAAAAGAACCUGCGUUUACUUUCGGAGCUGUCCAAUUUUUACCACUGCAAUCUUCUGUUAGAGACAACAUAGGUUCAGCAAUCAUCCAGGCAUGCAGUAAAAUAAAGAAUGUAGUAUUUGGAAUUCUGCUAGCCAACGACCAGUUCAUAACAAUAGUACGCAUGAAAAAAUAUUUUAUUCAUCCGUGCGAUCUUCAUCUUAUUCUGAAUCUGGUGCAUGCGUCCGAGAGUCUGAAAGCUGCCGAAAGUUGGACACCUCUCUGCCUACCGCACUUCAACGAAGAUGGCUACCUCUACAGUCAUGUCUCUUAUCUCGCCGAAGACUGCCAAGCAUGCCUGCUGUUGCUAACAACAGAUCGCGAUGUGUUUUUCGCAUUGAGCGAAGCAAAGCAGCGCAUUGUCGAGAAGCUGCGGCGUGGCAACUGUCUUGAGGCGAUCAAUGAGUCACUGAACACUCCAAAGGAAACGGCCAUAGUUAGCGGGUUUCCCGAAAUAAGGCAUUACAUCUACAAGACAAAGUCGACAAGUCAAUUUUAUCAGCCGACUGUUGGCCCACCUUACAACAUAAACAGGCCGCUAUUAUUUAUGCUUUAUAAACGCACGCAGCAGUUACUGCAUCACGGUGGGUCUCCAAUGAAGUUGAUCUUCGAGAAAUCACCCGAUGAAGCCAUUCUAGCAUGGGACACCAAAGAAUUUGAGCUGUAUAUUAUCUUCGAGCCGCUCAUUGAUACUGCAGCGUCAAUCGCCACUGUCUCGCGGCUUCUCAACUGGCUGAAAAAGCGUGAGGAUAGGCUGUUCCAAAUGAACCAAUUGUUAUUUUAAUUAUUUCUCAUUUAACUAAUGGCAAUAUUUGGGGGCAUUUACGUGCCUACCACGUGAGGAAUAACAUAUUACAUAGCCUAAGAGAAGUAGCUUCAACGUAAUCGCUGUGAUAAAGACGUUGUUCGGGCCAGGUAGGUAAGUCCACGUUGAAGGCAUCAACACACUAAUUACAAAAAUUCUUAUAAUUUAUUUUUACUCGUGUAAUUAUUGUAAUUAUCAUUGUUGAAACUA